AUGCUCAACUGCUCCAGCUGCGAAAGUCGUACUGGACGAAAUGUGACAUGUGAUCCAGAUCCACCAUUCAUUCAACGGUUGGACGUGCUGACUAACGACUUCGAUCUCAACGCCAGCCACGCCGCCUACGCUCGAAUUUCUCGAACUUUCAUCAAAGCAGCUGACGCAGAACACAUUUGCAUGUUGUUCGACGGAAAUAUGAGCACAGCUGUGAACGUAGAAAAAUCUCUUAAGUUCAGCUCGAGGUUGACCGCCCUUUGA